AGAGGAAGAGAUCAAGCGAGCGACGGUCGGUUCUCGGGAGGAAGAAGAAGAAGCAGCAGCAGCAGAGAGUGAAAUCUCACUCAAUACCCCCGCACGUCAGAGAACAGAGGCACGCGCACGGAGACCGGAAGUAAACCGCCGUUUCAUUUCGUCCACGGAGGAAGACCCCUCCCGCUCACACCCGCAGAGGAAACGCUCCUCCGGCAGAUGGAGAAACAGGCCGGAGCUGCCGGGGCGGCGGACUGCGCAGGGCCGAACAGAAAGCCCUGGGGCUCGGUCACCUGCGGACCAGUCGUCGCCGGCGACUCCCUGGACAGGUCGGUGUGUCUUGUGGGCAGUGAGAGCUGGGCCCCGCCCCCUGCACAGGAAAGGCUCUGUCCGACAGACCAGGGUCCAACAGGUUCUCAUGUCGAGUGGUGUAAACAGCUGAUCGCAGCCACCAUCUCCAGUCAGAUCUCAGGAUCAGUCCCACCUGACAUCAUGAACAGGGACAACAAGGUGGGGAGGAGACCAGAGUUCAUGGUGUCCAAGAGGCUGAAUUCCAGGGAUUUACAUGAUGAAGGGCUUUGUUACCAUGGAGAAAGUGAUUCUGAGCAUUCCUCCGAUGCUCCGAACCUUCCGGGGCUGAGAUACGGGGCACAGGUCAGAGCGUUCCCGAACCAGGUCCCUCUGCUGCCAGGAGAGACCGUCCAGACGACAGUCAAGGACGUGAUGUAUAUUUGUCCGUUCAGUGGUCUAGUCAGUGGGACUCUGACCAUCACAGACUACAAGCUCUACUUCUCCAGUGUGGACAGGGAGACUCCGUUCAUCCUGGACGUGAACCUGGGAGCCAUCAGCAGACUGGAGACCAUCAGUGUUCCCACCCAGGGGGAGAACACCAAGGGUCUCGAGCUGGUCUGCAAGGACAUGAGGAGUCCCAGGUUUGCCUAUAAGACGGAGGAGAGCCAUCCGGAUGUGGUCGAUGCACUGGCCAAACACACCUUCCCGCUGUCCCACAACCUGCCCCUGUUCGCUUUCCUGUACAAGGAGCAGUUUCCUGUGGACGGCUGGAAGGUGUACGACCCAGUGGCAGAGUACAGGCGUCAGGGUCUCCCUAAUGAGAGCUGGGCCAUCAGUAAGAUGAACAGCACCUAUGAGCUGUGUGACACCUACCCCUCCAUACUGGUCAUCCCCACCAACAUCGCAGAUGAGGACAUCAAACGAGUGGCCCUGUUCAGAGCCAAGCACCGUAUACCGGUCUUGUCCUGGAUCCACCCAGAGUCUCAGGCCACCAUUGUACGCUGCAGCCAGCCCUUGGUCGGACCUUCAGAUCGCCGCUGUAAAGAGGACGAGCGUUUCCUCCAAAUCAUCAUGGACGCAAACGCCCAGUCCCACAAGCUCACCAUCUUUGACGCGCGGCAGGGGAGUGUGGCAGUCACAAACAAGGCGAAGGACGGAGGGUAUGAGAGUGAAAGUUUCUACCCGAACGUGGAGAUGAACUUUCUAGAUAUCCCCAACAUCCAUGUGAUGAGGGAGUCGCUGAGGAAGAUGAAGGACGUUGUUUAUCCCACUAUCGAUGAAGCCCACUGGCACUCGGCUAUUGACCAGACACACUGGCUGGAGUACAUACGGCUGUUGUUAGCGGGAGCAGCCAAAGUGGCAGAUAAGCUGGAGUCCGGGAAGACGUCGGUGGUGGUCCACUGCAGCGACGGCUGGGACAGAACCGCUCAGCUCACCUCUCUGGCCAUGCUGAUGCUGGACAGCUACUACCGCACUCUCAGGGGAUUCCAGGUUCUGGUGGAGAAGGAGUGGAUUAGUUUUGGACACAAGUUUGCUGCGCGUGUGGGUCAUGGAGAUGAGAACCACGCUAACUCUGAGCGCUCGCCUCUCUUCAUCCAGUUCAUCGACUGUGUUUGGCAGAUGACUCGACAGUUCCCAGCAGCCUUUGAGUUCAACGAGCUCUUCCUGAUCACGGUGCUGGACCACCUGUACAGCUGUCUCUUUGGUACGUUCCUAUACAACAGCGAAGAGGAGAGGGCAGCUGAGGAGGUGCAGACCAAGAGUGUGUCCCUGUGGUCCUACAUCAACAGCCAGCCUGAGGACUUCACCAACCCCUUCUAUGUGGACUAUGAGCACCAUGUCCUGUAUCCACUGGUUUCCUCCAGACACCUGGAGCUGUGGACCAGCUACUAUGCCCGCUGGAACCCACGCAUGAGACCACAGGUGCCAGUGCACCAGACUCUGAAGGAGCUGCUGUUCCUGAGAGCGGAGCUGCAGCGGAGGGUGGAGGAGCUGCAGAAGGAGACGUCCUCCCACUCCCUGUCCUCCUCCUCCCACUCCCCCUCCCCUACACACACCACGGGAACUCCACUGCACUCGGCUGUCUGACACACACACACACACACACACACACACACACACACACACACACACACACACACACACAUACACACACACACACACACAGGCCAAUAUGAAUACUGAGGAUAAUGAUGUUUAUAAUAUGAUGGAUUUAUAUUAACAUUCCUAAAUUUUAGCAAAAAAACAUCUCAGCAAAGUUAAUAUAGAGAUGUAAAGUUUUUAAAGAAGUAUUUUAAGAAA